AAACUUCAGGCUGCUUUCCCAGAAUCCUCUACUGCUCCUGCAACAGGCAGCAAAUGAGCCCAGUUCCUCAGACCUCUGCUCACAAGCCCAGGCGAUGCUCCAGAAAUGUGGGAAACCUUUCCUGAAAUGGAUUAACAAGCCAGAGAGGGCCCAGCAAACCAAGAGCCUUGUUUUGAACCUUCCUUCCGCUCCUUCUUCUGCUUCUCUCGCUCCUUCGGGAAAACUGGCCGUCGUGGGUACUGUGGAAGGGACAUUGCACCUGGUGGACAUGAAGACCGGACAGGAGCAGAAAUCCUUGUUGACCUCCUGUGACGGAAUCUCGGCUUGCGCAUUCUUGUCUGAAGCAACCGUUUGCCUCGGGGCCUUCAAUGGACGCUUUGAACUUUGGAGCUUGAGAGAAGGAUGCAGGAACCUGAGCAAGGAUGCCCACAAGGCCCAAAUUACAGACUGCUGCAUCAAUUCAGAUUGUAAACUAUUAGCUUCAGUAUCACUGGAUGGCACUCUUAAGCUCUGGGAAGCUGCCCAAGGACAUGUGCUCCACCAGUGGGACUUCCCGUGCCCUUUGAACUGCGUGACCUUUCAUCCAAUGGGUCAGUUGGUGGCUACCGGUGGAUGGGACAGAUCGGUCACCGUCUUGGAUGCAAAUGGAAUAAGCAAGGUCUCGGUCAUGAAGGACCACGAUGCCUCCAUCCAUUCCAUUUCCUUCUCUUCCACUGGGAAAGUUUUGGCAGCAGGUACUUUGGCUGGCUCCAUCACCCUCUGGUCGUGGCAGGAGGCUAUCAUCCUGGGUUCAUUCAAGGCUCACUCUGGAUGCAUCUCCGCGGCUCGGUUCCUUUCUGACGAAAAACUUCUUACAGCAGGAGAAGAUUGCUUUCAGACAAGCCGGAUUCAUUUACAAGGAAGCGAUGAGGCUGUUUGUAGCCUGGCCUGGUUACACCAUGUAUUUUUGGUGGUGGGCCUCGGCGAUGGGUCCCUUUGUGUCUGGAAGACCUUUGAGAGUAGCUCUGACUGCUGCCAUCAGUUCAAGGCUCAUGAGAAAGCGGUGAUGGGCCUUGCGGUGUCUGAGAAACUGGUGGCUUCUGUCUCAGAGGAUUUCACCGUUGGGCUGUGGCUUUCAGAAACACUGAAACCAGGCCCUGCUUUGGACGCCGGCAUCUCACCACUCUCCAUCCUCCGUGGUCACACUUCUGGGGUGACCUGUUGCGCCUUCAGCCUUGACGGCAACUAUCUUGCUACUGGAAGCAAAGACCGGGCCUUGUUUCUGUGGGAUGUAAGGGACCCUCUUCAGAAGACUCCCUCCCUCUUGCGCGCCCUGCUUUUCUGUCACCAGGACUGGAUUUCCAGCUGUGCUUGGAUUGGCACCAUGUUGCUAUCCGGCUCCAAUGAUGGUACCGUUUGUCUCUGGGAUUCUACAAAUAGCGAGUGUAUCCAGAAAUUCCUGGGGCACCAAAGCCCAGUCUGUGGUAUUACAACUGAGAAAGACCAUGUCAUCUCCAUGGGCAGGGAUGGGCUGCUGAUAACAUGGAACCUCCAGGGAGUGGAAGAGACUCGGUUCUUGGCUCACCCGAGUCAGACCAACGGCUGCACUGGCUUCCGGGAUCCAUGUAAGAGAUUUCUUGGCACUAAAGACCAUGUCAUCUCCAUGGGCAGGGAUGGGCUGCUGAUAACAUGGAACCUCCAGGGAGUGGAAGAGACUCGGUUCUUGGCUCACCCGAGUCAGACCAACGGCUGCACUGGCUUCCGGGAUCCAUGGCAGAAAGACUUUAUGUUGGCUGCAGCUGGCGCUGAUGGCACUGUGAAAAUUUGGAGGCCCUUGACGAUUGAACAACCUCAAGUCUUGUUUGGACACUCUGCUUCUGUCUGUGCAGCGGCUGCUACCUCAUCAUCUUUCCUGACCAUCUCCAAAGACAAGACAGCCCGCAUAUGGGCAGUUCCUAUGAACGAUGCAGGUGAUUCUGAACACCUGCCUCCUCACCAGGGUGUUGUCACAGCGGUGGCUUGGUCACCUGAUGGGAACUUGGCUGCUUCUGGUGGGGAACACGGUGACCUGAUUGUCUGGCAAGGAGGAGAGCUUUUGGGGAUGGCAAAGGUUGGGCCGCAGUGCAUCAGUGCUCUCGCCUUCCAUUCUUUUGAUACAAUCCUUGUGGCUUGCGAUGGGAUCAGCCUUUGGGAUAUAAGUGACAGCACACAGAAUGUCAAAGCAGUUAGCUUGACGUGUAGGAGAAAACUGUGGCAAACCAAAGGAGUCUCUGUGCUGUGCAUGGGGACGCUCCCCUCUCUGGGCACUUCGGUUUGUGGGCUGAGUGAUGGACAGUUGUUGAUCCUUCAGCCUGGAGACGAGAGUUUCCAGAAGGUCACAGAUAUGUUUUCACGUUGUUACUAUGAUCAUAGUGCUUUUAAUAUAUCCCCAUCUGUUGAAGAACGGGAAGAGAUCUUACAUGUGUGGCACACCAUGGAGAAACCAGGCUUGAUGAAGAUGAAAUUGAGUGAGAAUAAAAAGGCCAGAUUCAUUAAGUACGUCAAAUGGACACCGAACAAGCCUUCAAGCUUUGUCACCGUUGCCAAACUGGUCAGAGACAAAUUACUAUUAUAUGGCGACUCGGAGGGAUUUCUCUGGAGUCAGACUCCGCAAAUAGAGGAGGAAGAGGUGGAGGAGGAACAGGAGACCGAGGAUGAGGAUGAGGAUGAAGAAAAAGAAGAGGAGGAAAAGGAGGAGGAAGCAGAGGAGGAAGAGGAAGCGGAGGAGGAAGUGGAGAAUCAAGAGGAAGAGGAAGACGCAUCUAAGGACUGGCAAAAGAGGAAGAUCCAUUGUGACAAAAUUACAGCUUUGCAUCUGGUGGGAGACUGGAUUGUAACGGCCUCCUGUGACCAGGAUGUGAAGAUUUGGGAUGGCAGCACAAUGAAGCUGAUUGGCCAAUUCCGAUGCCGGGCUCCAGUUUCCUGUCUCCAGCCCUGCCCUCGGAAGGACUCUUCGGUCCUCGUAAUGGUGGGAGAUACUCUGGGCAGUGUUUAUUUUCUGGAUUGGGACUGCCUUCCUGUGUGAGGAGCUUUCAAAUGCCACUUCAGCCUCUUCUGACCUGUUCAGAUGACCCUUUUGUUUCUUGUGACCUCAAAAUGGUUCCUGGAUUGCGAUUGGUGGCGGCUUAAUAACCACGAGACUUUUGAUUGAGCCUUACAAUCAGGAGAAAUCAAAAUUCCAAACUCCACUUGAUCAUAGCGGAGCCUGGAUUGAAUACAGUUACCACAUGGUGUACACGGGAAUACCUAAAUUGAUAUGGAAUUCAAAGAGAUUUUUCACCUAAGAUUUAAACUGAAUU